AUGUGGUCCUUCAAGGCCCAAUUCGAAGCCCAGAUCCAAGACAAGCCAAGCAAGGCCAACCCCAAUUCCUCUAAACUCCCUUCAGGAAGAACCCAGGACCUCAACGCCAUCGAGGCAGUCGCCGCAGAUAGCCUUAGAGAAAUCCUGAGGAUGAAGGCCCAAGAACCCUUCUCUAUCAGCCCCAGUACGGAAAAGCGAGUCCAAGGUCUCUUGGCCAGAUGGGAUGUGGGAGAUUUCACCGGCCUCAGAAACGCCAUGGAAUAUCGUGCCUUGGUCGCUGAAAUCCACGAGCGCAUUGAGAUUGACGCAACGUACGCCGGUGCGCUCGCCCGCCUUGACGAACUAGACGUCAUGAGUUUCCAGCUGCGGUAUAAGGAAUACUUUCCCUCGGGAUAUCAAGAGUUUGAACAGAGAUCGCGACGACUCGAGGGGACGCAGAAGGAUGCGUUCAAUGGAGACUCGUACCCGAUGUUCGAGACGGAACUAGAGGCCCUCGCCUUUUUCGAAAUAGAAGAAUGGACAGAGAUCUGGGAGCAAUUGAGAAAAGAGCCCUGCUUCGGAUGCGCUUCCUGUCCCUUGAUGGGAGACUCGGCCGACGAAUCACCGCUCGUCAACUUAAUCCAAGUGCUCGCUCGAUUGAUGGACACAUGGCCGGAUAUAAUCAUUGCAGCCAUCCGAGCCUACGUCAAUCGAGAGGCAGCCAAGCAAAGUCGUAUAGCCCAACUUGCGGCCGCGAACAAGAUGUUUCUCGUCGUAAAAAUCAUCGAGAGCGAUCUUCGAGACCUUGAGCAUGCCCCAGCCGCGUGGAAGGAAGCCGUGCCCGCCAUCCGCGACGCAAUCUUCGUCUUGAUAUGCCGGUACUUUACAAUCUUUUUCUGGGAUGGGGAGGCGCGGCUGUUCUGGAGGGUCGAGUGGAGGGAUGAAGGCUCGAACAAGGCUAUUAGAAACGUGGCUGAGCGUAGAAGCAAGGAGCCUGAUGAACUUGUCAAUGACUGUCUGGGCCAUCUAAGCCUCCUGAAGAUGACUUCUAGCACGCGCUACACAGUGUGGUAA